AUGAACGGCCUCGAGAUCUCCCCCUUCAUCGCCUCCCUCCCCAAGGUCGAGCUGCACAUCCACAUCGAGGGCACCCUCCUCCCCUCCCUGCGCUGGAAGCUCGCCAAUCGCAACUCGGUACCCCUCCCGCACGCGACCUACGAGGACCUCCUCCAGUCCUACAAGGUCUUCUUCAACCACCGCCCCGAGAUCAACGGCCGCGUCCCCGGCAUCCCCACCUUCCUCGAGGCCUACUUCGCCGGCUGCGAAGUCCUCAAGACGGAGGAUGACUUUUACGAGAUGUCCAUGGACUACCUCCGCCGCUGCGCGGAGAUGAACGUCCGCUACGUCGAGCCCUUCUUCGACAUCCAGGCCCACACGCGCCGCGGCGUGCCGGCGGAGGACGUGCUCAACGGGUACCUGCGGGCGCAGCGCGACGGGGAGAGGGAGCUCGGUGUGCGGUCGAACUGGAUCUUCUGCUUCAUCCGCGACGAGAGUCUCGAGGACGGGCUGGAGGCGUACGAAGUCGCGAGGCCGUGGGCCGCGGGGAACGUCGAGGGCGGGAGGGGCCUUUUCCACGCCGUCGGUCUGGCGAGUAACGCGUACGAGAGGCCGCCCAUGCUCUUCGAGAAGGGGUACGAGUGGGCGAGGAGGGACGGGUUGCACGUUACCAUGCACUGCGACUUCGGGCAGAAGGAUACGUACGAGCACAUGCGGGAGGCGAUCUUCGAGUUCACCAUGGGUAAUGUCGCCGAAGCCAAGGCCGAGUCCCGCUCCACGGAGCCGGAAUUUUCCUCCAUGGACGCACCACCGCCCGCAUACACGCCGUAUGACAGCGGCGCCGGCGCCCCGUCGUCGAGCGCCGUAACGCCGCCCGAAGCCCAGACUCCCCUCGCGCCCAUCAACAUGAGCACCUCCGCUUCUCCAUACCGCAUGUUUCCCACAAGCCUGAAACUGUACUAUCAACAAUGGAAGAUCAGCCGCGUCUUCCACCUCGGGGACAGCUCCAACCACAGACUCUACGCCAUCUCGACUUACGCCGGAUACUCCGGUAGAGGCCCCGGUGGACACUGCAUGAUCCUCCACAACGGGCCCAGCGACAAAGAUGCGGCGCUGGCCGUGGCCAGCGAGGAGAAGGACUGGACACCGGCGUCGCGGACCAGCAUCAUCAGCCUGCCGCCCUUGGAUGCCCCCGAAGCCGGUGCCGGCACCUCCUCCAGCCACGAUCAGGUAACGCACCCCGUUACGGAGGUCAUGCGCGGUGAGUCCUCGCCUGGCCAGUUCACCCUCGUCUUCCGCUUCUCCGUUGAAGUCGACCGCCCCAAAGAUGAUAGCGGCGGAAGCGGGCUGCGUCGUGAAGACUUUGAGUGGCGAAGUAUGAGCUCGGAGGAGUUAGAUGGCCUCAAGGGCGGAUUCAGACUGUUUCGUAUGGGGCCGGGGGCAUUUCCGCGCAGCGGCUGCGGAGCCUGUUCGUGCACCGGGGCUCUUCACGGUUCUGGUGGAGAAAGCAGCCAGGACAGGAAGGACGUUGAGGUUGUCGCCUCGACCGUUUUCAAGGGGACUAUGAAUAUGAACAAACCCUUCAGCAUAGAUUUUAUCGGAACUGGUUUGACCGGAGAACUGGGGGAUCGAUGGGCUGUCAUGGCCAUCAUCACGGCUUUAAAACUUUGGUUUCUUACCCUACAGGGGAGAACAAAGUGA